AUGCUUCCUGACGCACUGGUCAGUGUCUACCGACGCUACAAGGCCGACACAGAUGCCUUGGCUGGCUGGCUUGCCUUGACGGCCAAAUGCGCAGGCUGCCAGCCCCAUCUGCUCGGCUUUUCUGGCGAUGUGCCUGCGAAGCCACCAGGUCGGCUCAAAGGAAAGGCAAGGAAGCUGGCCCGGCUAGAUCCAACUGAGGUCAAGAAGCACAUUAUCCCAAUCAAAAGCUUCAUCCCGCUAGCUGAGUACAUUGCCUCCGCAAAGCAACCGAAAAUCGAAGUGCCUGAGUCCGUCAUAAACAUUGCAACAAGAGUCAUCCGAGUACGAUCUCAAUUCAGCUCCCGCCUGAGUGACCACGGCGCCGAUCCAAGCCUCGAAUCAGACAAGACACAUUCCCACUUUGUUGACAUUCUCAAGAAAGUCCUCAGCAUCUUGAAUCAAUGUCGUCCCACUACUGAUUCACAGAAGCGACCACUCGACGAAUCGAUCAGGAAUUCCUUCAGCCACCUCACCGUAGAGGAGCCCUCGCAAAGCUUUCUCGACGUUAGUGACGAUGAGCUGCCACCGAAGGUCCACGCAGACGAUGGCACGGUUUUUGAGGCCGAGCCUCAAACUACCUACGAGGACGCCAGGGCUGCCUAUGCGAUGCUGCUAGCCGAUUUGAACAAAAUCAGGCGCGAGGUGAAGCUCGUUUGGCUGGCCUCCUCACACGGCACCGUGGAUGUUUCAGCCGCUGGUGUCGUGUCAAAUACAGCCAUCGACUUGGCCCGGUAUCUCAUCGACCAGGUCCUCCCGCUACUGAAGGAUCAUGGCGGAUCCUACGAUUUUGGGGCAAGAUACGCACUGGAGCUGAUCAAAGAACGCGGCCAUUUCAUCCACGCAGUGCCCACUUUCACUCGCGAAAUGCUAGAUGAUUUCUACAAAGACGUCGACGAAACAAUGCUGCUAGCGUUAAACGCGAUCAAAAGGAGAGAAAUGUGCAGGUGCUGUUCGGAAAUGUCAGGUGGCCGUGCUGGGAGUGAAAUUCAUGCUCAGGUCACCGACAUCCUGCAGGUUACGCCAUACAAAAUCCAAGAGGACAACAUCAUCUUCGCGGAUUUCUAUGGUGACCUCAUCGAUCUUUUGUACAACUCGGACCGAUAUCCCAUCGAAGACGAGUCAGUCCGUGGCAUUCGCGAACUACGAGAAAAGCACCAGUCGCCAUUCUAUCUUGCCUUCGCAGCCCAGAUCAUUCUCGACAUCCACCACACCCUCGGGUCGCGCGUAUCUAGGCCUCUGGCUCAGUUGACAAAGGAGCUCAACUUCAUGGACGACCUCAUCGACAAGCACUACCAAACCGAAGAUGUUGAUCUGGACGAGAAGACUGAUUGUCGUUGCCUCCGCAGUUUCCAGAGCGAUAUCAAGUACUUCCAAGCCGACCCUACGCUCAAGCAUAGAAACCCCAACCGUCCGUCGAACCGCGUUCACGGAACUUCCCCCCCGACCAAGCAUCGAAUCUUGAAGCUGUCGCCAGUUCUUUGCGGAAUCGCCAUAUUCAGCUUUCGCUCUAAAAUGCACGACGUGGGCUUCAAGGCCUUCAACCGCAGCCGCUCAAUCGUGUACGCCGUCCACCUUUACAACGCCCUGGUUAAGGAGAAGCUGGUCGAGAACACCUGGGUCGACAUGCAGCUCGCGGAGAACUUCUUCGGUGAGCGCAACAUCUUCGCAGGAAAGAAGCCGAGCAACAUGGACGGGUACCUCAAGCAGCUAAUGCUGCAGGAGGGGAUGACUGUCCGCGGUCUGUGCAACAUGUUCAACCAGCUCAGAGGAAACGGCCAGAUAAGGUCGGGGACGGAGAGGCGCCGGUGCAAGGAGACCAAAAAGGGAGCCCCCGUUUCCAACAUUUUUAUCCAGAGAUACAGCAAGAACUCCAAGCGGAUUGACCUCAGACCGGAGGACAUAAACGAGAUCAUCUCGCGCAGGCGUUGGAUAGAUGUUGAAUCGCCUACCGAAGGCCAGCAAAAUAUUCAAGCGCCGACCGAGACAGGUGAACGACGCCAGUCCGUACCAGACUUGAAACAUCGACAACAUCUGUCCCCACACGAAUUACUGAGGCCGUUGGCGAGUGCACUCACCGAAGAAUCUUUCGAGAUUGCCUUUCCUCGUCUCCUGAUGCACAAGGUCUGCUGGGAGUUUCUGCAAAAAGUCACCGACGAGUGUGGACCAGAUGUAGACAAAGGUCUUGACCAAAAGACCCCCUGUGAUCCUAAAUAUGUUACCAGCCGCAUCUUCUCACUUGCGGUAGCUGACAGGGCCAAGGGUUUGGAGGUUAUGCAAAAAGCUGCUCAGGUGGUCGAGGACACGCUUGCGUCUAGAUCACGGAGCGUGGUUCUCGACGUCAUGGAGAAAGAGUUUGGUCUCUCCAGGGACCUGUUGGAACAAGUUUGCGCCGCUUCAAAGCUGGCCAGUGUGUUUUAG